AUGCUUCUCGGUAUUCUCUUUGCAUACCAAGUAUGGAUCUUCACCUGCAUUUUUGAAGCUUCAGCUGGUAAUUCUUCAUUUCUACAGUUAUAUCACUGCGAAAUUUUAGAUUGGGAAUUGUCAUGCUAUAACGAGUCUCUGCAUAUACAUUGUGGCUCUGAAAAAACAAUAAUUAUUCAUGAAGCUUACUUUGGUUAUUUUCGUGAGAUUCUACUUAUAUCGAACUCAGCCGAUCGGUGUCGUAUACAGAAUUCUCGAGAUUGUUGGGUCGAUGUGACUGCCGAUAUAUCUAGAAGAUGUUCUGGUCAUUCUGUAUGUAAAAAUUCCGUUCAUUAUUCAUCUGACUUGUCUGCUGAUUUGUUGGCGAGAGAAUGUUCUUUCAUAAUCGACAAUGCAGCUGAGCCAACUUUGUUCGUAGGGUAUGACUGUAUUUCAACAA